AUGUGCACCAUUCUUGGUUUAUCGAUGAAGCAUAUUUUGAUGUUUUUCUUGUAUUUUAACAUGCAUCAGGGCCUAAAAUAUGAUUUGUAUGGUGUUGUUAAGCAUUCUGGCUUGCCUAACUUUGGCCACUACAUGUGCACCAUUCGUUCUUCACCAACUAGUUGGCACUUGAUGAAUGACUCACUUGUUGAUUCAAUUACUGAGACAAGUGCACUAAACCAAGAAGCAUAUCUGCUCUUCUAUGUUAGGCAGGGCAUGUUUCCAUGGUUCUCAAGUUUUCUACAGGAAGCUAAUAGUAGUGCCGAUAGUGCUACCAAGAGGAUGUACCCUGUUAAUAAUGACCAUAAUGUGUUUGCCUUUGACAGCUUAGUGACUGAACAUCAAACGAAUAUGAAGACGCCAAAGGCUGCAUAUUUGUCUACAUCUUCCGAAAGCUCUUCCCUGGAUCAGAAUGCAUCGCGGGUACCGAGGGGCAUGACGUCUGUAAAAAGAAAAUGUGGUCUGAAAAAAUUAGAUUCACCCAAUGUGGUGCUUUGUUGAAAGA